CGUAGGGCAAUUUCAGUAUACGAAAGUUAUUUGCUGCUAUCGCACUCACGUCGUUGGUGGUGGCGAUUUUGGUGUGUUUGGAGGUCGCGUACGCGUCGUGGUCGUCGUCGAUACAAAAACGUGUAUAGCUCGUGUGUGUAUUAUGACAUCAAAGUGUUUGUCGGUGUGGCGAAGGGACAAAAACAUACGAUAAAAUAUUGAAUGUCAGUUAGUAUUGUAGUAUACGGUUGAUGUAAUAACGGUACGGAGUGUUUUUUGUUAAGAAAGGAAAGUGCUUAGUAAUAUUACUGGUGGAUAGAGUGUUUAAUGAAUGAUUUUGAGCUGAACUCUUGGACGGUGUACAUUUUAAAUAUUGAUAAAAUUACAUAAAAAAUUUUUGAUUGAAAAUUCUAUUGAAAAAGUAACAAAAUGUAAAAACGGCAAGGAAAGUAAUUGCUGAAAAUAAAAAGUGAAAUUACAACAAGUAAAAAAAUAAAAUUUUAAUUUUAACUUUACAAAUAUUGAAAAAUAUGUAAAUAAGUAAAUAUAAAAGAGAAAACAAAAAAAUGUUAAUUAUAAAACAACAACAAAAACAAAAUGUAGUCAAAAUAUUUGCGCUCACUUUUCGGUAUUUUGCAAUCUCAGCAAUCAAUACUAGUCAAAAGUUUUUUGGAAAACUUCUUCAUUAAUUGAUUUCCCUCAAUAAACAAAACAAAACCCGAAACAACCGAAAAAUAUUUUCAACUCGAAAAACUCACAAGCAAUCACAGCUGAUCUUCUAAUUGCUUGAUUGAUUGCUCAACUGAUUGAAUGCUUAAUUUUAUGAUUUUUGCUUCAUUCACAUACAGUUACAUGAAUUAUGAAGCAUAAAAAAGUAUACUGUGAAAAGUGAAGAUGCUAACCACAACUGCACACGCUCAUCCACAAUAGCAAAGCAGUAAAGUAAAUAGUUUAGCGUGGCAAAAUUGCCCGAGUUAACCGGAAUAAACUUUGGUGCGAGUUGUGUGUGUGAACAAGUGUUUAGUGUUUAUUGAAUUGCAAGUUGCGGGAGUAAACAAAAAUAUUUUGUGGCAAGCAGUGAAGCUUUGCGGCACUUAAGCGUAGCAGAGAACAACUCGAAAAAUUUUGAUAUAUGACUCAAACAGCAACCUAACGGUCUGCACCUGCGCCUACACGUGCAUAUUUGUACUCAAAUGGUUGCGCGCUAUCGCCGGGAAAAAAUCCAUAAAUUCCAGCGCACAUAAAAAUAACUCAUAAAAAUUCUGUCUCGAAUAAAAUAAGCACUGCAACAGCAACGAGCAACAACAACAUGAACAUCUAUCAAAGGUAAAAAAGCCAAUAAAAUGCCAAAUUAUCGUUUCUACGAAUUUCAAAUAUAAAGCCGUUAUAUUUUGUGGCGGCCGUAAAUUCAAUCGGCAAUAUUUUUACGCUGCGCUCUUUGAUAAAAAUUUAUCGGUCUACUUUUACUGCGCUCCUCGCAUAAACAGCGUAAUUUAGCCACCCACAGGCAUACGCAAGUGCCAAUAAACAUAGAAUUACAAUUGAAAGCGAAUGCUCGGCGAAAUGGCAAUGCUGAAAAUACGAAAUGCGCGCAUAAAUUUAGAUUGAGUGGACUUACCAAUAAAUUGAGACAUAAUUACGGUGAAAAAUAGACAGAACUGCAAACAAUUGAGUAGCCGCUAAUAAGUGGUUAAGGAAAAUAUGUUCGACAAAGCUCGUAAUUGAAUUGAAUUAAACAUGUGACGUGUGAAAAAAAGAGGCGAAUACAUAAGUCAUAUCAAAAAAUAUAUAAAACAAAAUAUAUUUGUACAGCAGUUUGAGUUAAAAUACGAAAAUUGUUGGGCUACAGUGUUUUAAAUUGUUAAAUUUAAGCGUAAAAUAAUUAAAAUUUUAUCUAGUGCAUAAAUAAGGUUUGGUAAAGAAUAGUGUAAAUAUCAAUGUGGACACGCGGAACUCGGUCCAGCAUCUCAUAUGCGCAUUUGCAACGUUAUGGAGGCGUGUUUGGUGGCUAAUCAUUUAAUGAUGGCACAUCAACGUCCACAAUUGCUUAUAAUCUCCAUCUCCCUGCUUUAUUGGUUCCGCCACACGGGCGAAUGUUGGAAAUUCGAUGGUGGUGGUCCCGGUGCGCUCGGUCCUAGCGCGAACAAUCCACCUGCCCUCAAUACGCCGACAUUUAUUGCCACCUACACACAUUUGCGUGCGCCACGUAGCGCUGCGGCGUCAGCUGUGGCUGCACGUGGUCCGCCGCCAGCUGUGCCGCCACCAAGUGGGAAUGGUGGCGUAAUGGCGGGUGGCAGCUUCGCGGCGCUACUAAAUGGCCAACAACAGGAUAUUUUGUAUGCGUGUCCGCUGAAUAGUAUGUGUCAGUGUGCCGGCUUGCCGAACGAGACCUCGACACUGAUCGAAAUCAAUUGCAACGAAGUGGCGCUGUAUAAAUUUCCGGAAUUCAUACACAGUUCCGUGCGUUACAUUGAGAUGUCACGCACACAUCUGCAAAGUGUCGACGAUGAAACAUUUCAGGGACUCAGAUUGAAGACAUUGAAAUUGAUCGAUAACGAAUUGCAGGACAUUUCGGAGCGCAGUUUCAGUACAAUGACUCACUCACUCAUGACACUGGACAUCUCCGGCAAUAAAAUGCAGCACAUACCGCUGGAGGCGUUGCAGAAAUUGCAUUCGUUAACGCGACUUGUAGCGCAGAGGAAUCACAUAACCACGCUGGAGGGCAACUGGGAGGCGCUCUUCGAUACGCUGCGCUCGCUACACCUCUCCGGCAACGAUAUCACCGAGGUAUCACCAUUUGGCCUGCACGAAAACGCCAACGGUUUGAUAGGCGGCAACAGCGGCGUCAGCAGUCAUCCCUCCAGUUUGGCGGCCAUCACGCGACAUGAUGAGCUGGCCACGACGAAAAGUGCGCACAAUAGCGCGCGUAAUACGCUGACGGAACUCGGCAGCGUUGCGGGCCACACGCCGAGCACUAGUAAUCACAUUGCGCCCAGUAAACCCUUCAGUCGGUUGCAAAAGUUACUUUGGCUAGACUUGUCGAAUAAUCGCAUCUACCACAUAGCGCCCAACUUUCUGCCACGCUCGCUGGUCACCAUCGAUCUCUCGAGUAAUCUGCUCACCGUUUUUCCACAACAACUAUUCGAACAUCUACAUGGGUUGCGUAUUGUGUCGCUGCGUGACAAUCUGUUACGUAGCGUGCAGACGAAAGAGCUGCGACUCGUGCGCAUGCGGCUGGAGAAGCUCGAUUUGGGUAUGAAUCUGGUGGAAAUGCUGGAAUCGGACUGGUUUCAGAACAACUACUCGGAUGUGCAUGUGCGCGCAUUAAAUCUGGAGAAAAACUUCAUACGGCAGCUGCCACCCGCGGUCUUCAAGGGCACCGGUAUUGUGCACCUAGUGUUGGCUUUCAAUGCCAUCGAGCGCAUACAUGUGACCGCCUUUGAAGGUAUCACCGAGACGCUGGAGUAUUUGGAUUUAGAGCGUAAUGAGCUUAACGCUGUGCCGGGCGCGAUUAGCACGUUGCAUAAACUGAAGUAUCUAUACCUCGCUUCGAAUAAUAUCUGCCAGUUAACUAAUCUACCAGAGAACACAGAGAAUCUGCGCGUGCUCAGCUUGAGCGGCAAUAAUUUCACGAUGAUACCGGUGCUGGCGUUGCGCAACUACACACAGCUCUCAUACCUCAAUAUGGGCUAUAACCUAGUUUCGGAUAUACCGGAGGGCAUUUUCGCCGUAGAUAAUUGGGGCGCCAAUCUGCAGACGAUACUGCUGCGCAAUAAUAAAAUCACACACUUGCAUUUGGGUUCCUUUUAUGGUUUGGAGCAAAUACAGGAAAUCAGUUUGAGCUUCAACGAUAUCAACAUACACCAUCCGUUGGUAUUUGAGAAUGUCUCACGCACUUUGAAGAUACUUGAACUUUCCUUUGCGGUCUUCCCGGCACGCAGUCUGGAGUCCAUCGAUCCACUCGAAGCGCUGCUACCGCUCUCCCAGCUGAUGUGGCUCGGUUUGGACAAUAACAAUCUGAAGACGCUAUCUAAUGAAUCUUUUGCAUAUAUGCGCGAACUGAGCUAUAUAAAUUUGGCAUUCAAUCAGCUGAAGCAGCUGCCGCGCGGACUCUUCCUACCUGACGUGCACAGUCAUUUAGUGGAGAUCGAUCUAUCAUACAAUGCUUUAGCGGUCAUCACACGCAAUACCUUCCACAGUUUAGGUGAUUUACAGACGCUCAAUUUGCAAUCGAACAAGCUGAAGCUACUUGAAAAGCAUGCCUUUCACAACUUGGAGUUUCUGCGUUACAUCGAUUUGUCUUACAAUCAGUUGGCGAAUAUUUCGCAUGGUGCAUUCACGAUUCUGCCCAACCUUGCUGCUCUGGAUUUGAUGCAUAAUAACCUCUGUACGCUCUCGCUAAAAAUGUUUCAUUUCGUCUCGAAUACGAGCACGCCACUGCGCCUCAAUGUCACCUACAAUCAGAUUGCGCACUUCGAGGACGAACUCAGCUCGUAUAUGUAUAUCUACAAUUUGGAUAUUAGCCACAAUGCGAUCAGCAAAACAGAGAGCUUUGCGAACCUUGCUAAUACGCUGCGCUUCCUCAACCUCGCGCACAAUACAAUCGGCAGUCUGGCCAAUCACGCCUUCGGCGAUCUGGAAUUUCUUGAGAUACUCGAUCUCUCUUACAAUAAUAUCACGACCUUGCGUCGACGCAGUUUUCAGGGCUUAAACAGUUUGCAAGAGUUGGAUCUCAGCUACAAUGGGCUCGAGCAGCUACAAGUGGAGCAGUUCUCGAAUUUACGUAAGCUGCGCAUACUACGCGUGCGUGGUAAUCGUUUGCGCGCGUUACCCCGUGAAGUCUUCAUGAAUACGCGUCUCGAGUAUUUGGAUAUCUCAGAGAACCAGUUGUCCGUGUGGCCGGUGCCGGCCUUCUCUGAUGUCGGCUUUACGCUGCGCAGCAUACAGAUGGCGCAGAAUGCGCUAGAGUAUUUGGACUCUAGCAUGUUUGUAAACUCUCAAUUCCUCUAUGAUAUCAAUCUGGCUUGCAAUCGCAUCACCGUGUUGCCGGACAACACCUUUACCUUCCUCAAUAAUCUCACCAAUUUAGAGUUGUCGCAAAAUCCACUGGUAACAACCAAUCUGAAAGAGGUCUUUCUGCAUACGCCACGUUUGCGUCGUCUGAAAAUACGUCGCAUGGGUCUCUAUGUGCUACCACAACUCAGUCUACCAUAUCUGUCACAUCUCGAUGUCAGCGGCAAUUAUCUGCAAGAGCUCUCCUCACUGCACGAGAUGCGUCAGCUGCGUCACGUGAAUGUCUCACAUAAUAAAAUCGUUAACGCUAGCAGCGUUGCCGAACAUCUACCGACAUCGGUGCGUGUGCUCGAUCUGGCGCACAACCCACUGCGGCGCAUCACCGCGCACGACCUCGCCGCCUUGCGGCACCUCACCGAUCUCAAUCUGCUCGAUGUGAAGGUCUUCAACCCAACAGUGUUCAGUAAACUACGUUCACUGCGCAAACUACAUUUGACAUCACAUCAGAAUUUGGGUGAGCUCGUGGCGCGCAUACCGGGCCUACAGGAAUUACGCAUACAUUGCGUAGAGACGAAUAUUGGUUCGCAGCUCUUCGCGAAGCUGCUGAACAAUACCAAAUUACAGCUGCUCGAGUUGUACGGCGGCAAUGUGCAGACAAUAGCGCCAGAUGCGCUCGAGGGCUUGGCACGUAAUCAACACUUGUUGGUGAAAAUCUCACAUACUAAAAUUUCCGAUUUGCCGCCGGGUAUUUUUUAUACGCUACGCGCCGUGCCACAGCUCUCCAUCGACAUAUCCAAUAACAAAAUCAAUGCGCUGGCGGCGGAUAGCUUCUAUCCGAACAAAACCUACUGGGAUACCGUCGGCACACGCAGCAUCAUCGGCGGCUUGGACACAUCCAACAAUCCGCUCGAGUGUGAGUGUGGCCUGGUAUGGUUCGGCCAUUGGCUAAGGCGUUGGCUGCGCGAGUCAGCGCAAAUUAAAGUGAUACAGAAGGACGAGAUGAAGCGUAUGGUGCAGUUACCGCUACCCGCACACGUUUUGCGCCGUGCACGCUCGAAUACGUGCCACGAUCCGACUACUGGUCGUCGUCUGCCCAUACUGGAGAUAUUUCCCGAAGAUCUGCUGUGCCAAGCAAGCGCACUCAGCAGUUCGAGUGAACGUCUCUUUCUGCUUUCAUUUGCGGCGAUUGUCUUGCCGCUCUUCACAAUGUCACUUUGAUAAUUGGAAGCAUAGAAUUGCUAAUGUGUAAAGUAUUAAGUUAAGAGUUGCCAUAUGAAACUAAAUAUAUUAUAUGAUAAUAUACUUUAAACUGGAAUGGUUCUUGCUUUAACUGUUGAAAAUGGGUGAAGUUUGAAAACUAAAAUAUUGUUAGCUUGACGAAUAUGUAAAUUGCUGUAAAUUUACUGAGGAAAAGUGUUAAUUAUAUUAUAUAAUGUAAGAAAUGUAAAUUUGAUAGUUUUAAGUAAAUAGUGUUGUAUGUAAAAUAAGUUUUAAGCCAAAGGUUCUGAGAAAUAAUCUUUAGUUACAGGAUUUUUAUGUUUGGUAGUGAAAAGAUAUGAGAUACAUGCAAAUAUGUGCUGACAAGUCAAAAAAGCAUAAGUGGAGUUAGUAGAAAUUAAUAUUUAUAAUUACUUGUUAUUUUUAGUUCAAAGUAUUUAAAAUAUUAUUAUUGCUGCUUAGUUUAUUAUCUUGAUUCUAAAUAUCUAAAAAGCUUAGUUGAUAUAGAAACCAACAAUUAGGUUUAGUUCCAAAUUUAUGCAACUCGACUUAAGCUUUUUUGUCUUGUCAGCGCCAGAAAUUGGUUAAAAAUAUAUGAAUCCGUUAAUAAAAAUCGCAUAUAUUAUAUAAAAUAACUGCACAGCAGGUGGCAACUAUAAUUCCUGUUGAUUCCUAAACUAGUUACUUUUUACUAACAACUAAUUAAUAUAAUAGAUAUAUGCCAUAUAUAAACUUGCAAAACUGGUUAAAAUGACGUAAUUAAACAUUUAUAUAUUUAGUAACGAGAAUUUCAAGCGGGUCAAUAGGUAUUUUGUGAGAGUCAUUAAGUUGCCAAUCCCUGCUCGAGACUAAUCUUUCUUUCUUUCUCUGAGACCCCUCAAUUUUAGCAAUAAAGUACAGUCUAUGCCAGUGCACGGCAUCUCAUCGCACAAUUGUGCUAGCUACGCUCUAUUGUUGUCGAUAGAGCGACAAAUUACACUGCACAUAGUCGUGCCGCUAAGCCAAAUUUUCUUUGCGCGAAAUUAUUAAUGAAUAAUAGUUAUCUUUUUGGUGUUACGAAUUACAUUUUAUUUUAUUUAUUAUUUAUACACUAUAACGUUACGGUUCUUAGGGUCCAAUAUAUUUAUUUUAAUGAUAAAUAUAAUUAGUAAAGGCGCAGAGAAAUGCUUGCUUCACAAAAUAUUGAAAAAUUUAAGUUUAUAUAAUUGUCACUGGGUAUCUUUACUCUCGAGUUCACCCACACAGGCGCUGUAGGCGAGAGAGUAUUGGGUAGGGUAGUUUUAUGAAUGAGAGAGGUUAGGGAAUUGUCAAGUGGUGAAAGAAAUAAUAACAGUGAUUGUCAAAUAUGGGCCAACCUGAAGCAAAAUUGUACUACGAACUAUGCUGACUAUUUUCAAAUAUUUUUAUUUUAUUUUUUAUAUGAUACUCCUACGAUACAAAUUUGAAAACUGAGAAAUGAAAAUAUACUUAUGUAUUUAUAGCUGCCUUUUGUUCGCCACGCGUUACUCUUCAGCGAAUCGAACAAACAACAUAACAUAUGUUCAAACACACGGGCAACACUUGUGUUGCAAUCCUGCUUCUGAUGCAUGUGUAGUAGUAUUAUGAUUAUUUCUUAAUGGAGAAAUUAUUUUUUUCGCAUUAAAAACGUUGCUAUAACCAUCUAUUUUGGUUUUCUAUAAAUUAUUAUAAUUGUUUUUAAGUUUUAUUUUAAAAAAUAUAAGAAAAAAAAUAAAUUUAUCAUUUUAUUUGCCAUUUGAAGCAUUCAUAAUAGUAAAAGUGGGUUAAAAUAUGCAAAAGAAAACUUGUCGGUAUUGAAGACUGAAGUUAUAUCGCUUUAAUGAGGUAUCCGCAGGAGAGUAUCUGCUUCAUAACUUUUGCUUUCACAUGUAAUUUUUUUGACAAGAGAGCAGAGAAAUUACCAAUCGAAGACAGCUUACGUAAAACAAAAUUUAUACUCAAGCUUUUUUUUUCUCUCUAUAAAGUUUUUAAGUUGAGAGUAAUCAUAGCUUUUUUUUUACUCAUUAUCGGUGUUAGUGAAAUGCUUACAAGCGGAAAAGGUGAAGAAGAGGAAGAAGGGAAGUGAAAUAGACAGCGAAAUAUUGUGAGAGAUCGAGAUAUGUAGCUGGGAAGAAAAAAAAGGAGAGAGAAUAUAAAAAUAGGGAUAAAGAAAGAAACAGAAGGAAAGGCAAAAGGAGAGAGAGUAUAAAAAUAUAGAUAUAAGGAAAAAGAGAUGUAAAGAAAUAGGUAGAUCGAUAUUGUACUGACCAAAAGUUAAAAAAUUAAAUACUGAAAGUAUAUCUUUGCUGUAAAUGCACUCAUAAGUUAUUGGUAUACUUUUUUUUCAAAAAAAUGUCGGUAUUUUUUUUAAUACAAAUUUCCCUUAGUGAAUGAGAAGUUUAUUUCGUAAUAUUAUUUUAACAAAAGCUGCAUCCAUGAUAGUUUAAAAAAUGCCUUUCUCGAAAUAAAUGCUAUGUAAAUUGUUUGUCUAUUUAAAUCUAAAAGAACUUACAUACAAAUUUAAUUUGUAUCCUCACUCUUUCAAGACAGAGUCGAACAUACUUUGUAUAUUCCUAUAUUGUGGAAUCAAAAAAUUAUGCCACAAGCGGCCUCCGCUCUUAAAGUUAUCACCAAUAUACUAUUACCGUGCGAAAAUCUACACUGAAAGCUAAUUUCGUUCCUUUGAUGAGUAAUAUUUGCAAGAAAUAGCGAGCGAAUGCGUUGAGACAAGCGAAUGAUUAAAUAAAUGCAAUUAAAAUAUUUAAAAAGCUAUGAAAGCAUUAGUAAACCACUUUUAACGACAAACCAAUUUCCUACUUUAAUAAUAGAUAUGCAUAUAACAGACAUAUAAAAACGAAAAUAAUUAGAUAUAGUGUGUAUAAAAAUGUUAUAAAUUGGUAAUAAUAAAUAAUUAGCAAUAGAAGUAUGAAAUAAAAAUUAAAAAUACAAAAAAUUAUUAUAUUGAUGAAAAAUGUAAUAAAAUAUGAUAACAUAUGCACUGUGCAUUAACAUAACUAAAAAUAUAUAAAUAUAUAUAUAUUAAAUAUAUAAUUUAUAAUAUAUAAUAUAAAUAUAUACACGCAUAAAUAUGUAAAUCUGUAUAUAACUACAUAGGUAAUGACACUUACACCCUCACAACUCUCCACACAUGCUCACCAGUUACACUAAAGACUUUGCUAAUUAUGCUAAUGAAAAAUGAAGCCUAACGAAACAGUUAGACCUAGUGUAGUUGUAGUUUAGCGCAAUAAAAUAUUUAAUAUAAUAUAAAUACUGAGACUUUUUAGCAAAAUGAAAUGGUAGGCAUUAAGAAAAUAUAUAAGCACCAGUGUAAUUGACUAAAAUACGUGAAUUUAAAAUAUUUUUAAUACAAAUUAAUUUAGUGCAUUACAAUUUUAAUUUAAUUGAAAAUAGUAAAAAAUGUAUUAAUUAUUUAAUGACAUUUUAAUUUAAUUCAAAUUUAAAAAAAUAUAUUAAUUAUAUAACAAAAAAAAAAAAAAGAAUAAAAUAAGUACAUAUUAGCGAAUACUAAAUUUUUAUAUUGAGACCCAUUUCUACUAGAGCAAUAUGCAUAGUAGAAAUUUAUUAAUUCUAAUUAAUUACAAAAUUAUAAUUUUUUCUUUUAUGAAAUUACUUUUAAUUAACUAAAAAAUAUAUUGUAUUUGGUGUUAUUAAAUUCAUUUUUGUUGCUAAAAUCAAUUACUUGUUGGAUGAAAUUAAAAAAUUUACAAAAAUUGCAUGAGAUUUUUCUUUUGUGUCUUGUGAAAAUUCAAGCAUUUUAAGGACUUGCGAAUUAAAAAAUAACUUAAAAAAAUAUAAUGAGCACAGCUGCGGUUGCUUCGUAAGUCAUACUUUCCACGCUGAUUAGUCUAGACUAUGUGCUGGAAAUUUUGAUCUAACAUUAUAUAACAGAAUAAGGUUUAAGUAAGCGAAAGAAGUUUAUAGCAAAAUGUUGAAAGAUUUGACAGUGAAGAAAGGACUAUUAAAACAAUUUUGAGAAUAUUUUUUUGUGAAACUUAGAAACCUUGCAUUUUAAUCACAAUCUCGUUUAUUAUUACUAAAAUUAAUAUUUUAUAAUAUUUUUCCACUUUCAUUUUCACUAUUUUCGUUUAAAAAAUGGACAAUCGUGAUACUAAUUAUAAUUAACGAUACAGCAAACUUUAAGCACUAAGCAGUGUAAAUAUGUUAAUAUGCAUGUAUAUACUAAAUAUUAAUAACUAUUAUAUAUGUAGAUAAAAUUAUGUGAGAGGAAAAUUAUUAAACACUUUAUUAGAAAAAGGCUUACACAUAACAAUAAAUAAUAAAUAAUAUAACAAUUAAUAAUUUUAGUAUUAAUAUUAAGCUGCAAUUAAGCUAUAAAUGAAGUAAAAAUUAAAUGAAAAAAUAUAUGAGAAUAUAGCACAUUAAACGAAAAUACAUAUAUAUAAAAGUAUGGAGAAACUAAAAAAUUUUAAAUAAAAGAAAUAUUAUAUACAGAAAUCAACCGAUUUGUCUGAUUUUUCGUUAGAAAGUCAUACAAAAUUUUGCUGCUAAAUAUAACUAAAAAGCAGUUGCAACAUAAAAGUCAUACAAAAAGAAAAUAAAAAUGCGAAACUACAAACAAUUAUUGAUAGCAGUUGCAACAACUACAUAAAAAAAAUGCUGAAAACGAACGAAAUUUAUGUAAAAACUAAUUUUAACGACAAACGAAACGCAACUCGUUACAUGAACUGAUGCAUUUAUUAAAACAACAAGAACAGUACCAACAAUAGCAUUAUAUAAUAUAUUAUUACGUUGAAAAAAAAAAACUGCAGAAAAAAUUAACUUUUCGUAGUGCAUAUAAAUUAAGUAAACAACACACGUGUUUAUAUGAAAAUAAUUAAAGUUGUAAAGGGCGUAUGCGUAACUUUUGUAUAGAAUUGUUUUAAAGCCAACGAAGGGGAGCGGAGAAUACAUACUAUACUCAUUUAAAUUUUGCUGUACUGAAAUGUUUUAGAAAAUAUCAUAAUUUUUUUCAAAAUUUAGCAAAAAACUGAAUAAAAAAAAUUUUUAUUGAAAUUUUUUUUCAAAAAUGGAAAAAUUGAAAACAAAUUUUACACUGUAAUCAA